CGGGAGGCGGUGGCGGCGGCAGCAGCAGCGGCAGCGCAGCCGUGCGGAGCGGCGCGGAGCGGGCCGCAGAUAAAAGAUGGAAGUAUCAGCCAUGCUUCACAGCAAACCUCUUACAACCUGCAAGAGGAACUGAAGCAGGAAGUAAAGCCAAGACAAAGCAGUGUCUGCCCUUGUCACUGGGGGACAGGCAGGAAACAGGCACUGGCUGCUGCUGGUUGUACUGGUGCUUCAGUCAAGCUCCCUGUGCAAUGUGGAAUUUCAGAUAGCUCAGAAAGUGCAAGUUCUUUCCAGGUCCGUGGGGUGAAUAAAAAUGGUUAACUCUUGGCUUGAUUCAUGAUCCUUUGGGGGAAAACAAAAAGUCAUGUCAGACUGGCAACUAAGUAGUCAUGCUGUUAGACUGAGUGCAACUUGAAGUGCAUUGUCCCAAAACUGACAGAGACUCUGACCAGCAAAGCCAAGGACAAGCCUGUUUGUCUUCACAUCUACCCAGGAUUCCUUGGAGAGGCGAUGAAGUGAGUAAUAAGACAAAGUGGGAGUUAUAAAGCAGAUGCAAUGUCUUCAGCAGAACUUCACUGCCACAUCCAUUAGUUAGAAAACAACUAACAAUUCUGAAAACAACGUGAGGAAAAAACAAUGCACUUUGAGCAUAUCAGCAGUUCUUGUGUCUGAUGUGUUAAUCACGAGAAUCAGUAACAGAACAUAAACAAAGGAGAGGAGCAAUAUGGUGAAGGGAACUAAGGAAAUUCAAGUGGAGAACCCAAGAGAGGCAGAGACUCACAGCACAGGGGCAACAUGUUCCCCAUCAGAGGAACAGGGAGAAAAACCCUCCAUGCUCUGUUUUAAGAAGCGGAAGAAGUCCUGUAAAAAAGAGUUGACUGUGAAGGAUGAAUGCAAAGGAGCUUCAGAGGAGAAAAGCCAAUGCAUCAGAGCUGACCAAGGAGAGACAAAGGCUUCUAAUCAGUCACAAUCAUCCAAAGGAGCCUGGGCAGCCAUCAAAAACCUUGCAAGACCUCAGAGAAAGCAGAAAUCCUCCUCACGGAAGAAGGUGCUCUCCGAUUCCCAGGUGCAGCUAGAGGUAGAUACUGAAGAGACCUGUGCACAAGGCUUCCUGAAGAAACGAGCAAGCUCUGGGGUGAAGAUGCCCUGUGUACGGUUCUCCAGAGGAAAGAAAAAACCCAGCAGUGAAGCAGUGGAAGAGUCAGAGGGUAGUGGUCAAGCAAAUGAAGUGGUGGGCACUGUGAAUAAAGCCAGUGAAGAGCCAGAGGAUUCAGCCCCAGCAGGCAAGCCUGAAUCCUUCAGCCCAGUCACUGUGGAGGAGGGCCAGGACAGACUGAAGGAAAGUGUCAGCUCUGUUCAGAAGAGUGGGCCCUUGACGGAGCCCACACCUGAUGCAGAGGUACAUACGGAGUGCACUGCUGAGGCAGAGAUAACCAGUUCAGAGACAGUUAAUGAAAAAAGCCAGGAAAAAAUGCAGGAGGCAAGCCCACCCCAAACCACAGUCUGUGUGGAAGGUGGAGAAGUUGCUCCCAAAGCACCCAUUUCCAAGGAUCAACCUGUGGAAGGUGAGGAAGUUGCUCCUGAAACAGCUGUUUCCAAGGAUCAAUCUGCAGAAGGUGGGGAAGUUGCUUCCAAAGUGCACAUUUCCAAGGAUCAGCCUGCAGAAGGUGGGGAAGUUGCUCCCAAAGUGCCUGAUUCCAAGGAUCAACAUGUGGAAGGUGGGGAAGUUUCUCCCAAAGCACCCAUUUCCAAGGAUCAACCUGUGGAAGGUGAGGAAGUUGCUCCCAAAGUGCAUGUUUCCAAUGAUCAACAUGUGGAGUGUGGGGAAGUUGCUCCUGAAGCACCUGUUUCCAAGGAUCAGCCUGCAGAAGGUGGGGAAGUUGCUCCCAAAGUGCCUGAUUCCAAGGAUCAAUCUGCAGAAGGUGGGGAAGUUGCUCCCAAAGUGCCCAUUUCCAAGGAUCAACAUGUGGAAGGUGGGGAAGUUGCUCCUGAAGCAUCUAUUUCCAAGGAUCAUCCUGCAGAAGAUGGGGAAGUUGCUCCUGAAGUGCCCAUUUCCAAGGAUCAACAUGUGGAAGGUGGGGAAGUUGCUCCUGAAGCACCUAUUUCCAAGGAUCAACAUGUGGAAGGUAGAGAAGCUGCUUCUGAAGCAUCUAUUUCCAAGGAUCAUCCUGCAGAAGACAGGGAAGUUGCUCCUGAAGUGCCCAUUUCCAAGGAUCAACAUGUGGAAGGUGGGGAAGUUGCUGCUGAAGCACCUAUUUCCAAGGAUCAACAUGUGGAAGGUGAGGAAGUUGCUCCUGAAGCACCUGUUUCCAAGGAUCAUCCUGCAGAAGGUGGGGAAGUUGCUCCUGAAGCACCUAUUUCCAAGGAUCAACAUGUGGAAGGUGAGGAAGUUGCUCCUGAAGCACCUAUUUCCAAGGAUCAUCCUGCAGAAGGUGGGGAAGUUGCUCCUGAAGCGCCCAUUUCCAAGGAUCAACCCAACAGCAUCCCUGGAUCUACUGAGCUGCAGGAAAUCCCUAAUAUCUGUAAAAAGCUGCCUGAAGGGGGUGAAUCAGAAAAGAGCAUAAAUCUUCCAGAGGAGUGCAAAGCUGAAGAGACUGUAACGGAUUUCAGUCAGUCGGUGUUUAAAGAUGAUGCAGCAAGCGUGCAGAGCUGCUCCAGCCAUCAGGUGAUGUUAGAGGCAAAUGUGGGCACUGGUGUUGGUAUCAUCAUCACCGUCACCGAAGCUGAGGACUCUGACAACACCGACUCUGACCAGGGCUAUGAGCCAUCCCCAGUUUUGCACCGAAAUAAGCAAAAAGGGAAUAAAAAGUCAAGUGGGAGCUUUGAUUUUGGUAAUAAAGAGGGCCCUGAGGCUGGUGGCAAUUCCCAGGCAGAGGAGAAAGGUGCAGGUGAUCAGGGGCACAAAACUGGGGAGCAGUACGAAUUGCUCCUCAUAGAGACCGCUUCUUCCCUUGUGAAGGCAGCUAUUCAGUCAUCUAUAGAACAGCUGGUCAAUGAAAUGGCCCUGGAACAGAAUAAACACAACAGUUUUCUGUGAUGGCAGCAGUGCCCCCAAAAUAAAGAGUACAGGGAGCAAUUUAAAGUUCCAUUUGGCCUGGGACUGGUGUGGAGAGCUUGAAAGGCUCCCAGGUCUGAGGCAUAGUUAAUUUUGCAUGCCUGUUCAGUUGUGUGUCUAUGUAAAAUGGAUCCUAGGAUGUGGGGCAGACCAUGCUACAUAUAGCUUGUCUCCUGGGGCUGGGGCUUCAGACAGCACCAUCAACCACAGCUGUGGAAAAAGGAAGGUGCUGCAUCAAUUGUAUUUUCAUUCAUUGGCAUCUUUAUGUCAAGGCUACAGUUCUGCCAUCAUCCAUGCCAGGUUUCUCCACUGUUCGUGCUGUAGAUCCUGAGAGGCAGUGAGUGCCCAAUCUGCUGCUGGGAUGGAUUCAAGGCACAUUUGACACAGAUGGAGGUUUGUUGUGGGGUUCAGCAGUGUCAAGGGAAAGCAAAGUGACUGCAAUGUUAACAUGAAGAUGUCAAUACUAGACAGGCUUAAGCUGGCAUUCAGUGUUGGAAACAGGUACUUGUUACAUACAGACACCGGAAACUGUGGUCACUCCUGUUGGUGCAUCACAUGAAGAUGGAUGGUUGGAGCAAGAGGUGGUUUUUGUUCAGCCUCUUGCCCUGUCACAAGCAGCCUGUGCAUUUCCAGACAUGUCAAAGCACAGCAUUAGCUGCUUGCCUUGCUGACCCCGGGCUGCACCAAUGCCAAGAAAAUGUCAGCGUUUCAUUUGCCGGGAGGGACAUUCUUGCAUCAUUAAGCUCAACGAGCAAAAUUCCCAGCAGCAUCAGCAGCGCAGACUGGGCAGGAGCAUGCCUGCGGUGGGGUGCCCUCUCUUUCCUUCACCUUCUUUCAUCCCAGUUAUGAUGUUGUGGUGAAGCUGUUCUGAGAUGUAGCAUAUUUUUGAUAUAUGGCAUGUGAUAUAAAUAGCAGUGAGCUGCAUGUGUGUUAGCAGUCAACUCUUGCCUCAGUGAUGACAUAGCCUGGGUAGCUUCAAUGGGCUGCUGGCAUUGAAAUUGCUUUGAUUUGGUUUGAGCACUGCUGGUGUUCCUGGGUGCUAGGGGCAGCUUGUCCCACACAGCUCCAUGCUCACUGCAACACCAGCCUGGCUUCAGCAAGCCUGAGCAUCCCUUGGGAAAUGUACAUCAUGCCCAUCUCUCUGGCUCCAGCAUGCCACGUAGCUCACUCUGAAACAUGCAGGGAAAUGCUGGAGUGAUCUUAACCUAAGUCCUCAGGGAAAAACAAUCUGGAUAUGAGGGCCUGGGUACAGGCCAAUAGCCAUCAAAGCCUACAAGAUGCCCUGCUCGAAGAGGGUUUUCACCAGCGUGGCAUGUGUGUGUGAUCACUGCCUCUAACUGCUGGCUCUCCACGAGAAAGGGGGCUUUUAAUAACUUGGGAUUGCAUCUACGUGGCUGGGAUUUGUGUACAGCUACAGGCAAGCCAGCCUGUGCUGAGAAAAUUCCCCUGCGUGUUUCUCAGCUGCUACAGAAAUAGCAGCCACGCUUGGCAGUUGCUCGCUGACCAUGGGCAGUGUGUUGAGAGUUCCCUUCCCAGCCUAGGGUUUGGAUUCCUGUGACAAUGCAAGGGCUGCAAACUUUCCUAAUGUGCAACCACAUUUUUAAACUUUGAUAAAGCAUCUCCAUUGUUACAAGAGGACUGUGGGCAAUGAGUGCCACAGCUUGUUUCUCUGCAAGUAAAACUUAAGAGAAAUCAGAGGAUGUUAGAAGUGUCUUCCUUUUUCUCUGUGGAUUUAUUUAAUAAGCUAUCAGAUAUUAAUCAUUCAAUGUGUACAACUGUAAUGGCUUUGUACUUCAUGCUGGUCCUUCCAGGUAUUUUGCCAUAGUUUUGAAAGGGACUUUAUAAGUACUUUUGUGUGUGCUUCUGGAGCUGCUGCAGCACUGAUGUUAGAGGUUGUUUAUAGGAUUAUACUGGGCGCUGCAGCAGGUUGGUGCUGAGCAAAGGGCCUCAGCAUCUCUGUGUCAUGUUGGCUUCAGAGAAGGAUGUCCAGGCUCUAGUGAAGAAAUACCAAAUGACCCUGUGGGGCCAGCCUGUCAUUUUCUCUCAGUCUGCAAAGCAGUUUUGGGAGGAUUUCCUGUAUUUCAGUAUUGCCUUUUAGGCAAAAGCAGAGGAGAAUAGCAGAAGUGCUUUGGUCCAGCCCAGCCCCUGCGACUGUUGCUCUGUGUCCAGGGUUGUGUUUGCACCUUUUCUGUAGCUGUUUUUUCCCUCUGUUAUAGCUGUACAGAUACCUGGUGAUUAUUUCAUUAAAGUUGAAUGUACCUGU